AUGUGGGCUCGUCGUGCUCCUUCCAUCGCCCGUAGAUUCAGCUUAUCCCUCCAUCGUCACCCAAACUUUUACCACACAAGCAACAUCAAAGGAUAUCCAACCAUGUCCAACAAGUUCACAGGUUAUCAGAACUCCCAAUCGAGGGACUACGUCGAGGAUAGGGAUACUAAAUCCCAAGAUACACUCUAUGCUACUAGCAAUGGUGCUCCCCAUCCUCAUCCAUACGGUGCCCAGAGGGCUGGGGAAAAUGGACCACUGCUGCUCCAGGAUUUCCAUUUGAUCGAUCUACUAUCCCAUUUCGAUAGAGAGCGAGUUCCCGAACGUGUCGUCCACGCAAAGGGUUCUGGUGCCCACGGCUACUUUGAAUGCACAAAUCCCAUUCCUGAACUCACAGUUGCCGACUUGUUCUCACAGAAGGGAAAGAAAUGCCCGCUAUCGAUUCGAUUCUCUACCGUCGGUGGCGAGUCCGGCUCGCACGAUUGUGCUCGUGAUCCUCGCGGUUUCGCAGUAAAGUUCAGAACUGACGAGGGAAACUGGGACCUUGUUGGCAAUAAUACUCCCGUAUUCUUCUUAAGAGAUCCCGCCAAGUUCCCACAUUUUAUCCACACUCAGAAAAGACAUCCUGCUACUCACUUGAGCGGUGGAGACGACUCAACUAUGUUCUGGGACUACUUGAGCCAAAACCCAGAAGCUGUCCAUCAAGUCAUGAUCCUCUUCGGUGACCGUGGCAUUCCCGAUGGAUACAGACACAUGAACGGAUACAGCGGCCACACUCUCAAAUUCAUCAACAAGACCGGCGAAUGGGUCUACGUUCAAAUCCACUGGAAGACCAACCAGGGCAUCAAAUGGAUCCCCGCCGAGGAAGCCAAUGGCCACUCCCCAGACCACUCCCAGAAAGACCUCUACUACUCGAUCGAGAACGGCCAGUUCCCUAGUUGGACACUGUUCAUCCAAACCAUGACACCAAAGGAAGCCGAGGAACUCUGGGAGAAACAAAAGAUCAACGUCUUCGACUUGACUCAUGUUUGGCCGCAGAAGCAGUUCCCUCUCCGAGAGGUUGGUAAGCUCGUUUUGAAUGAGAAUGCGAAGAAUUACUUUGCAGAGAUCGAGCAGAUUGCCUUCAGCCCGUCUCAUCUCGUCCCAGGUAUUGAACCGUCUGCAGACCCUGUUCUUCAAUCUCGAUUGUUCUCUUACCCAGAUACCCACAGGCAUCGCAUUGGCACAAAUUACCAACAACUCCCAGUCAAUGCCCCGCGCUGCCCCUUCCGCCUCGCUAAUUUUCAACGCGACGGCGCCAUGGCGUUCCACAACCAAGGCGGCAGAGCCAACUACCUCUCCUCCAUUGAACCAGUUCAAUUCAAACCCCCAGUCGUAGAUAUCGACAAGACCCACGGCCACUUCAUCGGCAAUGCCGUCAGCUACCUCUCUUCAAUUCGACCCGAAGACUUUAACGCUCCACGAGCUCUCUGGGAACGAGUAUUCGACGAGGGCGCAAGACAGAGAUUCGUCAAGAACAUCUCGGGUCAUAUGGCAAAUUGCCACCACAAGGACGCUAUCAAACGAAUGAUUGCAAUCUUCGGUGAGGUCAGCCCAGAUUUGGGAUCUCGUCUUGAGAAGGCCACUGGUGUUCAGGGCUAUCCCGGUAUUAAGGAUUUGUCUUUCAAUGGUUCACAUAAUGGAAUGAACGAUCCUCUCAAGGUGGCAAAUCAAACACCUUCUGAGAAAUUUGGACAUGACACUGGAAAUGUUAAUGCUGGACCGAGAUAUGGAUCUCAUGGAGAACCGGUCAAAAUUGAGGGUAAGCUAUGA